GGGAGUCUGAAAACAGGGAACGAAAAUGCAUGAUAUGUCUACAGCCAGAACUUAAUGUGGAACACGAGACGUGGGGGUAACUGCUGGCAACUGCAGACAAAGGUGCUAUUGCCGAACUCCUCCUGCCAACCCGAAGCAACAGAUCCACCUUCAAGUCCCUGGGAAAUGAAGGCAACCCUGUAGCGCGGAAACGGUGGUGUCUCUUUAGUGUGAAGUUCAACCUGUAAACUUCUAUACAUAUUGAUGUGUGCUAUAACGGCAUUUUAAACUGCAAUCUAGAUGCUUCCGAGGAUCUAUUAUAUCGGCUGCUUGCCCAUCUGGAAUUCUUCUAAGCUGAGCCCGUGCCUGUCAAAUUGCAAAGAGUGGUAUUGUGUUUUGGGACGCAGAGGAAUCCAGCAGUCUAAAAAGUGGAAUCAACAAACAGAAACCAUGGUGGAUGCAUACACCGGGCAACAUCCAAGAGCAUCAUUUGCCAGAGCAGAAGCUGGGAUCUUUUGUCAAGAACCACCCCAGCUUGGAAACCCAUAUCUGGAAGACCCUCUUCUUCAGGCUUACCUGAAAUCACUUCUACCACCCAAGGUGUUUACUGAGAUAAAUGCUGACCUCCAGAGGUUUGGGGCUCGUGUGAAGAAUGAAAUUGACCAUCUGGGACAUGAGUGUGAGUUAAACCCUCCCAGGUUGCAGCAGUUUGAUGCCUGGGGCAGGCGUGUGGACCAAAUUAUCACCUGCGCAGCCUGGAAAAAGAUGAAGGAAAUCUCAGCCGAGGAGGGGUUGAUUGCUGAGGCUUAUGAGAGGCGAUACUCCAGCUGGAGCCGGGUUUAUCAGGUGGCCAAAUUGUACCUGUAUACACCUUCUGCUGGCCUCUUCACAUGUCCUCUGGGCAUGACUGAUGGAGCAGCAAAAGUAAUUGAGUCUUUGGGCAUUCCCACACCUGUGCAAGAAGCCUAUGCCAACUUGACAUCACGCGACCCCAGGAAGUUCUGGACCUCUGGCCAGUGGAUGACUGAACGCAAAGGGGGCUCUGAUGUUGCUAAUGGCACUGAGACAGUUGCCCGGGAACUGCCUGAUGGCAGCUACACCCUCCAUGGUUUGAAAUGGUUCACAUCAGCUGCUGACUCGGACAUAAGUCUGACCCUGGCAAGGGUCAUAACUGCUGAGGGGCAGGUAGAACAGGGCUCUAAAGGCCUAUCUCUGUUCUACCUGGAAACACGGGAUCACGAGGGGAAGCUUAAUGGAAUCCAGAUACAACGGCUGAAGGAUAAGCUGGGCACAAAGCAAGUGCCAACAGCUGAGCUCCUCCUAGAUGGAGCCAAAGCACAUCAGCUCUCUGCUGAGGGUCGAGGUGUGGCCUCCAUUGCUAACAUGUUGACCAUCACCAGGAUCCAUAAUGCCAUCUCUUCAGUCGCAAUCAUGAGAAGGAUGAUAACUAUGGCAAGAGACUAUGCCACCAAGAGGGAGGCCUUUGGGAAGCCUCUUAAGGAGCACCCCUUGCACAUGCAGACCUUGGCACGGAUGGAGGUGCAAGUCCGAGGAGCAUUCCUCCUUCUUAUGGAGAUGAGCCGACUGCUUGGGCUGGAGGAAACCAACAUGGCCACCGAGCAGGACCGGCACAUGCUCAGGUUGCUCACACCUGUUACAAAACUUUACACAGGAAAACAGGCUGUUGCUGUUGCCUCAGAAGGGCUGGAGUGUUUUGGAGGGCAAGGCUACAUGGAAGACACAGGCCUCCCAGCUGCUCUCCGAGAUGCCCAGGUGCUGACCAUUUGGGAAGGAACUACCAAUAUCCUUUCCUUGGAUGUCCUCCGCUCUCUCUUGAAAAGUCAAGGAAAAGUGCUAGAUGCAUUUUUCUCCUCUGCACAGGACAAAUUGGAGGCAGCUUUCAGCCUCUCUGACCUGAAGCCUUCUGUGCAGACAGUUCAAAGUGCUCUCCACAAGCUUGGACAGUUUAUCCAGAAAGUGGGUUCAAAGAGGGAGGCAGCAAUGCAGCUGGCAGCAAGGGACUUUGCCUACUCUCUAGCCCGGAUAUAUGGAGGAGUGCUUUUACUGGAAUAUGCCAGCAGGCCCAAUGCCUCAACUGCAGACACCAUUGCUGCUCAAAGGUGGUGUCAGCAAGACCUUUGCCCUGUAGACGAAGAAGAAAAGGCUGGCUCAUACAACACCCAAGCAGCUUUUCUUGAUCUCUCCUUAGUUUAUGAUGGAGGUCCAAUUCUGGAAGGAAAAUUGUGACAAAGAAUCAAAACAUUCCAUGCACCUGUUUGGAAUGAAAAGCAGCUGGAGGUGAAGGCAUAGUCAUGUGUAUUUGAUAAAACAAAGCCAUGAACGUAAUAGUGAUUGUGGGGGAGAAUGAAUGAGUGCAUGCCUCACAGCACUGACUAAUCUUCCUCUUUCUAGCAAAAAAAAGAAAAGUGCCUCAAAUAUUAUAAACUUUAGUUAGGUAGAAAAUUCUCUAGUUAGGUAGAACAUUUUUUUAGACAGGAAGAACCCCCCCCCCAAAACCUUCAGAAGUUUAAUCUGAUGCCCAGAGAGCAUGAUUUUUGUUUAAGUUGAUUAACCUAGUCAGGCGGCUCAAUCUUCCUGCACUCACAUCUUAAUUUUGAUACAUGGGUACAGUAAUGUAGGAGGGGCUCUGACCUUGAUAAUUUCUUAGUGUCGUACUGAGCACUUAAGAGAUAAUUAAGUCAUUCAUUUCCAAAAAAGAAGCAUUACUUCUCGUGUUGUCUGGAUGAAGUGCUGGAAAGAAUAAUAAAAAAAAAUUGCAGAUA